UUAGAGCAUAUAUUCUUUCUAUUUCAUAAUGUCUACAUAUUCCCAUUGACCCCCUCUCUCCCCUUCUUCCCCAAGACCGAAUUUCAGGGCAAAAUUGGCAUAUAUACUUCAAAUGCCCGGGGGAAGGGGAGGUGGGAUUCUUUUCCUUCCUCAUUGCGUUGUUUGCAUUGUAUUGCAUUGCGUUGCGAGCCUUUCAAGAAAAAAGCGGCAGCAUACGCAGGCAGCACUUACUUUACUCCAUGUGCGAGUGCUACUCACCAUCUACAAACCACAUAUACUUGUGAUAUCCAGCACCAAUGAAUCUGAUAUGACCAGUCAUGAUUGAAAAUGGAAAUGGGUGUGGAUUAUGCAUCAAGCGAGAUCA